AUGCGCACUAGGUCUGCUUCAAUUUUCUUUCACUUUCAUGUGUUUUUGCUAUAUAACACGUACUCAAAAACAAGAGCAUCAAAAUCUCUGCACCUACUGCUCGCCAUUGUAAAACAAUUACGCCGGGAGUCCUGGAUAUCUUACGAUAUCCGGUUAAGACGGCCCGUCCUCGAGGAAAUCUGCCAAGUUGGAUGGCACCAUCACUCGUCCACGUUUGGGAUAAUUGUGCAGAAUAGGAGAUCUGCUCUCGAAUGGUCGAAACGGAGGUUGGUUUGA